AUGACUGGACUCCUGAUCGGGAUGGCUCCGAUGACGAUGGAGAAGACUUGGACGUGGAGAAACCAACCAAGAAACCAACCAAACAGCAUGACGAACAUCAGGCCAAAGCAGGAUACUCUGACCGAGCCCACAGUGAAACCUAGCAGGGUCAACCCGACCUUGGAAGAGGAUAGAGACUCGGGAUCAGAUUUGGGCUCAGACGAUGCUACGAUCACUGUAGAUACCAGCCCCGAGCUUCAGCCUCGGUACAAUGACACCCGGGCUCUAUCCCAUGAAGUACCAUCGGACACUGAGGUCUUGGCUGAUGAUACAUUUUGGGAAGCUGACCUGGGCUGUGGGGUGGAGUCGGCCGAUCGAGCGAAGAAGAGAAAAUUCACUGAUGAGGAGGAUACACCCUGCAAGUUUCCUCGGUUAGAGAAGGGUUACAAACUUGGCCCGAGGAGUGCCCGACCAGGCAAAGUCAAAUGCCGAGCUGCCUCGGCUGUUAUCCAAGCCACUGUCAAACCAGCUCAAGCAACCAAUCUGAGGUCGGACACAACCAAAGCUUCGAAUAGCUUUGAUUUCACAAAGUCAAGUGGUGUCAACGCAAAACGACCAGUCCCUUCAAAACAAAAGGAGUCAGAGGCCGGUCCCAGUCAGCAACCAUCUAUUGAUGUCCCCACCAAGCCAAAACCAAAACCUCGUCCUAUCAUUAAAGGCAAGGUUUCUACAGGGGAACUCGGUAUAGUAACCCGAGAACGGUCGAAAAAGAUUGCUGAAGAAAGUGUUCGUUCCACCCGGUCCAAGAAAGUUUCAUUCGUCAGUUAA